AUGGAGGGUAGAAAGGUCGUCAUUUCAGGUGCAGGCCGUGGCCUUGGUCGUGCUUUGGCCAUCGUCGCUGCUUCUAAGGGAGCCACCCCGAUAUUACUGGGAAGAUCCCAGAGCGCGUUGCAAGAAGUCAGCGAGACAAUCAAGAGUGACAGUGGUGCGACAGCAUAUCCUAUUAUCUGCGAUCUUUCAGACCCUACUUCCGUGGCCACAGCGACGAAGGAGAUAGCCGAAUCGCAUCCUGACAUCGAUAUCUUGGUCAACAAUGGAGCCCAUUUCACUGAGGGCAGCUUCGAAAAGCAAACGGAUGAUCAGAUUCUGUCGGUCGUGAACUCAGCAGUCACUGGCACCAUGAUCUUGACACGGCAGCUUCUACCUUUACUGAAACAACGACCACGUGCAGACAUUCACAACGUCGUGUCCAUGUCUGGUCUUCAGUAUGCCAGACUCACCGGUGCUUCACUUCCUUUCCGAGCGGCGAAGGCUGCUCAAGAUGGCUUUACCCAGGGUUUAUUGGAGGAACUGAAAGGUACAUUUGUACGCGUCACUUCAGUCUAUCCCGGGUUGAUUGAAGAUGUAUCGCCUACCAGCGCCGACUGGCAAAAGCAGCGUGGUUCUGAUGAGGGCAUAACAAACAAGAACGUUGUUGACACAAUAAUCUUCGCACUCUCUGCUCCCCCGAACGUGUCAUUACGUUCAAUUGUUAUCGAGGGAACCCGAUCCGACUUUUUACUGUAG